CAUUUGGAAGAAUAUCGUAAGUAACAGAAGAUAAACUUAAACUGAUUUUAAUUAGAAACAGUCUUAUGUAGAAGUAAUUUGAAAAUCUGUUAUGAAUUUUGGACAUUAAUUUUUUAACAUUUGAAUAUAAUACAUUUCGUUUAGAGACUAUUUAAGCAGUUUAUAGCCCAAGACUGUUUUCCCAUUGAUAAAUAAAUCUUCGGUCUUCAAUUAUUUUAAAAUCCUUUUUCAGUUAGCAUGAGCUCUUAAGAGACAAAUUUGCUAUUGUCCACAUUGUUUCUUUUAUAUAAGUGUCUUGCUAACUUGGUCGUAAUCUUUAGUAACCUUGUGCUGUGACUAAGGUAUUUGGACCGUUGGGGCACUUCUAUGAUACCAUGCAUUUUGUGUCAAUAUAUUUUAACAAAAAGAAACCUUAACAAUUGACCCUAAAAAGCAGUUGUUAAAUGUUAGUCCCCAGGUAUCUACUCUUUUGUGGUUGUUGUUACUGUUAAUAAUAAUGCCUUUAUGUAUUUUGUGUAGCACUGUCUUGCUUGCAUUUGUUAUUAAUCAUACAGUUUAGGCCCUUUGUAAAUAGCUCACUGAAGGUAGUGUUCAUCGUAAGAGAACUUCAGUAUUUUGAAAAGCAUGCCAUAAUACAGUAAGAAUAAGUUGAUUACGGUAUUUACUUAUAGGUACUUGUUGAAUUUAGAAAACAGAUUUUUGGGAUUUCUCGUUGCUUUAUUAUUUUUCUAGCUAGAAAGAGUAGUAAAAAGGGCAUGUUAGCUUUGGUUUAGUUUGAGAAACAGACCAACAGCAGAGAUGAAAAGAUGAGGAGACUAGAAAAUAAAUGCCAAUAGUAUUGGUGGUAGAUUUGGAGAGUUUUCAUUUGAAGAGUUGUAGUUCAUUGGUAGGAUGAAAAUGAACAGUGAACAUGGAAUGGCUGGAAGAUUAGGGUUUAUAAAUGGACUCUUCUGUUAGGCAACAUUUUUCUUUGUGAGAACUGAUUAGGAAAAUAAGUAAAGUUCUAAUUUACUGAUUGUUCCUUUUAAUCUGUCUUAGGGUUUUCAUGAUGGUUAGCUUGCUUUCAAAUAUCUAGACUGGAAGGUCUUAACCUGUGGCCUCUCAAAAGCUCUAUAAAUCUCUGUAUACAAAAUUUUGUGUUUGUUUUCAUUUUGGUAUGGAGUAUCUUUGUAAGUUUUAUCCUAUUUUCAGAGUAGUCACAGGACCAUAAAAGGAUUAAAGAAGGAUUAAAGAACCCUGAUCUAGAUCUUUGCUGCUUCUUCCUUAGAGAAUCCUUUCAGAAAUAAGUAAGACUUAAAUAUAUUUCAAGGCUAACAUAUCCUGAAACUUAACUUUAAGAAGAAAAAAAUUUUCUAACAUUUUAACAGAUUCAAACAGCUAUUUUAUUAAAUGCUUUGAUUUUGGUUGAAGUAGCUUCUGUGAAAACAUGGGGAUUUUAGUUUGGGAUUAGAUAAAGAUUGCUUAACGGUCAGUGAUUUUCAGUUAAAUGACAUUCAGAUUUUAAUAAUUUCAUGACUUUAAUCAUGUAUCAGUAAUUUCUUUUUGUUAAAUAUGUUGGUAUAAUAAUUAUAGUCUAGAUUUUCUUAUGAUUAACCAUAAUUAUUGAUUUGUGUGUGUGUGUGUGUGUGUGUGUGUAUAUAUAUGUAUAUAUUUUUUUUUUUUUUGGUAAGUCCUUUCUUUAUAACUUAUAGAUGAUACUUUUAAUUUGAGGUAACAUAUAAUGUUUAAGUUUUAGGCUACCCAAGGAGUUAGCGUUCCUAAAUUUAAAAGAACCAUUCUCAGUUGGUAGCAUCAUUUCCUUUUUCUGUUAAAGGAGAUAAAUAUAUAUUGAAAGGUUCUCGUCAUGAUAGUCAGGUAUUCUCUGUAGAAAUCCUACAACAGUGCUCAGUUUACAGAUGGUGUGCAGUAAGUGGUGGCCUAUUAGAAUAUGUAGUAUAAAAGAUAUAGUACUUUUGUGCCCUAAUUUAUACAGUUUAUAUUCCUUGAGUUUAGAGUAGUUUAACAAAUUUUGCUAUAGAAGUGAAUCAGCUACCAAAUUAAAUGCAUGUGUACCAUACCGAUAAUUUAAUAUAAGUAUUUUUUCAUAUUGAGAAGUGACUUGCAUUAGUUUUCCCUUUCACCACCACCUCUUUGUCAUUUUGACUCUAAACACUUAAUAAAUCACUUCUAAAUUGAUCGAAAUGUGCUUAUGUAUACUUUAAUAUAAAAUUAUAUUGCAUGGCUUUCUGACUUGGGUUUUUGUUGUGAAAGUGCCUGUUUUGUUCAUGUGUCCUGAGAGAACAAGCAUUGUGACAUACCUGGCUAACUUAAAAGCAGAUUGCCUGUGAAGCACAAUUUGAGUCCAAUUUUUUGAGGUAUGGAGUUUUAGCUAUCAUGGCUGGGUUUUUUUACUCAAUCUCAAAUAAUAGGGCUCUGGUUAUUUUGCAGAGUAUCUCUGAAGAAUGGACAGAAUUGCCCUGGCUAACUACAAGCUACGGUUCACAGUGGAUAAAUAGAUGCCAGAGUGGUAAAAGACAUGGCAACAGGGAAGUCUAAAGGAUAUGGCUUUGUCUCCUUUUUCAACAAAUGGGAUGCCGAAAAUGCCAUUCAGCAGAUGGGUGGCCAGUGGCUUGGUGGAAGACAAAUCAGAACUAACUGGGCAACCCGAAAGCCUCCAGCUCCAAAGAGUACAUAUGAGUCAAACACCAAACAGCUGUCGUAUGAUGAAGUUGUAAAUCAGUCUAGUCCAAGCAACUGUACUGUAUACUGUGGAGGUGUCACUUCUGGACUGACAGAACAACUAAUGCGUCAGACUUUUUCACCAUUUGGACAAAUAAUGGAAAUUCGAGUCUUUCCAGAUAAAGGAUAUUCAUUUGUUCGGUUCAAUUCGCAUGAAAGUGCAGCACAUGCAAUCGUCUCUGUUAAUGGAACUACCAUUGAAGGCCAUGUUGUGAAAUGCUAUUGGGGCAAAGAAACUCUUGACAUGAUAAAUCCUGUGCAACAGCAGAAUCAGAUUGGAUAUCCACAAGCUUAUGGCCAGUGGGGCCAGUGGUAUGGAAAUGCACAACAAAUUGGCCAGUAUAUGCCUAAUGGUUGGCAAGUACCUGCAUAUGGAAUGUAUGGCCAGGCGUGGAAUCAACAGGGAUUUAAUCAGACACAGUCUUCGGCACCAUGGAUGGGACCCAAUUACGGAGUGCAGCCACCUCCAGGACAGAAUGGCAGCAUGUUGCCUAAUCAGCCUGCAGGGUAUCGAGUGGCAGGGUAUGAAACCCAGUAAAAAAGGACUCCAUAAUCUAAAGCCAGUGGCUUGAGGCUACAGGGAGUGUAGUAAAGCCGUUGUUUACUUAAAAGAUUUAUCAAAUCAGUCAGUGCAAAUGUCAGAUACAAUGUAUUUAUUUAAAAGAUUCAUUUUUUUAAUCAUGAAAUUACUUAUCAUCCACAUUGUUUUAAAAAGAAACAAGAUGCUGGAUGUCUGCCAAUUUUUGCCUUCAUUACCUUUUUUGAUAAAGUUUCUCAGAUCCUUGUUUCAAAUACAAAUGCAGGGAUUGCUGCCACUUUUUUAAAAUUAAGAGGCAGAAAAUUGCACAAUGUUGAACUUUUUUCCACUAAAGUAGUGUGCAGUUCUAGUUUGCAUUCCUGAUAUGAUUUAAAACAUGUAAUAUAAAGAUGUUAAAAAAAAAUGAAGAACCAAAACUGUGCAGAGUCUAGAAGUUCUUUGUAAUCUUCAGCUUGUGCACAAUUCUGUGUUAGGGGUUUUUGUUUUGUUUUUUGUUUUUAAGGCAUUGUUUGAACUCUCCCAUCUCCACUGUUUUCCCUUGGGGUUUUUUAAAUAUAAAUUAUUAGUUUACAUCAUUUUUGUAACUACAUUUUUCACAAAUUUGUCUUGCCUUAUUAAAUUUCUGUAAAAUAUACUUAAAUGGGAAAAAAUGAUGUUCACUUAGUUUGAAAACUUUUCUCAGAUGGAUUGAUAAUUGCAUUCAUUUUGUGUUUUAUAUGAGAAGGUGCCUCAAGAAUUCCCUCUUGGAUUUGUUUAAAAGGAUUUUUAUCUUCUGUGAUAUACUUUGCUGUGUACCAGGAAAUAUAAAAACAAAAACUUGCUACUAAAGAAAAUCUCUGAAAUGUGAUAAGUUCUUAUGAGCCCGUGUUAAUUCCAUGUGUCAACUUCUACAUUUACAUGUACUGUUUCAUUCUGUAAAAUGUUUUAGCAGUUUAAUAUUUUGCACAAUUAGCAAGCUUUGUAGGUCAUUUCCUUCUUAAAGGUAUCCUGCAGAGUUGACAGGAGAUUUGUAAGGUUCUAAGUUGUUUGCAUGUGAAUAUCAAAUACACACUUUGGUAGUCUUUGAAUACAAAGUCAUCUGCUCUUGUUUUUCAAGAAUUUUGAGACACAAAGUUGUAUGUAAAGGAAGAUAUUAAUUUGCCAUUUUCUAGUUAUAUUUACUCAAAAAGAGUGAAUCAACUUAAUUUGUACAAAUGAUAGCUGUGAAACUGUAGAAUAUCAGGCUUGGGGUUCGUUUUGAACUUCAAAAUUAGCCUGAAGGACCAGCCGGGCAAAGUGUUUUUUAAAUGUUCAGAGGCCAAAAGAUAAACAAACAAAAAAAACCCUUAAAAUCCUACCUCCUUAAACAGCCUUCAAAGAGGAGAAUCCUCAGUGCAAUCAUUAUUUUGAUUCUUUUGGUACCUGUUUUCCUGGAGUUCCCAAUUUUAUUAUUUUGGGGUGGCUCCGAGCAUUAAGAGGUUUAAUCUUUGAUGGCAUUAUUCUAGUUUUGAAAUUUCUAGUACAUUUCAGAGUGUCGUCAAAGAGUUGUGGGAGAUUUUGUUUUGUUUUCAGUGAAAGUCACAAACUUCAUUCUUCCUUGACUCACAAAGGGGAAGAGUCCCCAGUAUACAUAUUUGGAUGGUUCCGUUGUUUUUAAGACCUUCAGAGAGCUCCUAGUAUUUAGCAACAGAUAAAAGCCUGUGAAAUCUUGGUUUCCUGAACUGUCUUUUCCAGGUAGGAGCAAAUUAAGGUGGUCUCUAAAGCCAAUACUCAUGUAAACCAGAGCCCAGGAAAGACAACUCAUAAGUGUAUAAUUCUCUGGAGCUCAAUUCUAUGCAGUUGUACUGAUGUUUCAUUAAGUCACUGUGUAUUUUUAAGUGUUGAUACAUUAAAAGUUGCUUUAUGGAAGAUGAGUAAAUUUUUUAAAUACUUGGGAAUUUUAUUUCCUUGUUAAAUUUUACAGAUCAGGGCAUGCAACCAGAAGCAGCUUAAAUGAAAUACUCAAAAAAAUAAAAUAAAUUAUCAGGAAACUAUUUUUAGAUUCUUCUGGCUUAUGUUUCUAUUUUAGGACCCUCGUUAUUUUUCUUACUCAAAAAUACUUUAUUUCCUGUACACCUGUGGACUGCAGGGUAAAUUAUUUGGGCAUAAGUAAUUUAAACAAAAGUAUAAUUUUUCUUUCAUUUUGACUAUCUUAAUAAUACUUUUUACUAGUCAGUAUAUUUUCUUAUUGCACAAGUCUUAAAGUGUACAUUGACUACUUUUUGAGAAGAAAGUAUUUCUCAAAAAGUUACUACUGAACAAAUUGACAUUUCAAGAAUAUUGCUAACUUUGGUUUAAAUCUUACUCCUAGUGUUAAAUCAUUUAAAGAUUUUUUAGCCUAAAAAUCAUACUGGUAUUAGUAUCAGGUAAGGAAAUUAAAGUUUUAAAAAUGGCUUCAUUGUCUGCAAUAUUCAUUCAGAUUACUAUAAAAUACAUCUGGUACUGUAAAGAACCUGAAGUGAUACACAUUUAAUGGGUCAUUAAUCCAGUAUUCUUUGCCCUGACUGUUUGGAUAUUAAAGUUCCUUUAUGUUUUCUAUAA